AUGAUAUUGAUAAACGAUGUCAAAUACUCUUGUAUGGAGUGUAUACGAGGUCAUAGGUCGUCCACAUGCAAACAUCACGAUAGACCACUACUACAAGUUAGAUCUAAAGGAAGACCAGGAGUUUAUGCCAAUGGUAAUCCCAACCAUAGAGUGGCUGUAUUUGCUGAAGAAAUUGCCACACCAACGGAUGACACGGACUCAGAAGAUAAGGGUACCACUUCAACCCCUCCAUUGACUCCAAGAUCAUGUAAAUCCCAACCUAUAGUCAUACUAAAAGCCUCGUCAAAGCAAGUGAUAGACUUGACCAAUGGGGAGAUCAUAGGUCCUUAUGAUGAAUCAAAAACCACCAAAAGCACAGUUGAAAAGGCACCACCACAACAACCAAUUAUCAAUGACGAAAGCUUUAUAAUAUCAUCAGGUUGCUGUGCUCCAAAAGUAUCAAAACGUUCAGGGUGUGGAUGUUGUGGAAACAAAAAGAAGGAUGUAAACAAGUCGAAGAUACUACAGACGUACAUUGAAAAGAGGCUCAAUAAGGAUGUCGUUAUACCUCCCAAGCAGGUGAAAUUUAUUUCAGAAUCGCCACACCAAAAAUCAAAUGACAAUGGAGUCGACCGUAAUGGAGCACCCGUAUUUGAGGUUGUUCCAAUAUCAUCUUGUUCCAUACCUGGUACAUGUUGUUGUGGAAGUGACUGUAAGUGCGCUGGAUGCGUGGUUCAUGGCAAUGCCACCGAAGUUACUACAAACCCGCCAUUACUCCCAUCUCAGUCUAGCGGAGUACCUAUAGAUAGUUUUUCAAAGUCCGACACCCUCGUAUUCAAUUCGUUGCCAAAUACUGAUAUAAUUCCUAAGGCUUUACCUAUUGAACUGAAUCAGCCGCAACCGAUGCUCAACCAGCCGCAAUUUGAUUUUGCCACACAGCCAUCACCUGGCGCUUGUCUCUGCCCGCCAGACGCGUGUGAUUGCACCAAUUGUGAGGUACAUGGUAUAAUCGAUGGUCACAAGUUGGAUGAAUACUUUGUUGAUCAAGAAAAGUUGAUGAAUGCUCUAGUUUCGGACUUUGAUUUCAACACGCUCAUGCUAUUGGACAACAAAGCUCCUGAAAUCAAGCCAGAAUCCACUUCUACUGCCACAACGUCUACAAGUUGUUGUGACGACACGUACGGGAUAAACAAACUACAAUACCCACAGAUGCAAUCACAAACCAAUGGCCAUUGGUCCCUGCAGCAAGAUUUUUUUCCCAACCACAUCGAGACGAGUACAAAACCUCAAGCCACUACUACUCUGAAAGGCUGCUGCUCCAACCGUAACCAAUGGUGA